GAAGUUACUUCCUGGCACUGGCUGGCAGCAUACUCGGCCACUCUCUAAGGCUUUGGAAGAUGUGACAUCAUCGCUGUCCGGAGAAUUUGCAUCUCCGAGCUGCUAUUACGAGAACGCUAUAAGUUGACAUGGGAUCUUCAGCGCGACAGCGAGUCUCUGCGCACCAAGGACAUUGCAAUGGAACGUCGUCGUUUCACAUUCUCAUUCGCGAGCGAGAGUGUGAAAGACGUCCCUCCGCCACAGAUUAUAUUUACGCUUACACCAGUCGAUCUCUCGGACAGCUUGUUUCAUACCGUUCAUCCCAUUGCAUGGAAUGUAUUUGAUUGUAGAUAUGAUACCGUCCAAAUGUAUCAAUGUCAACUAGGACUCGCCGUAUGUACCGUGACGAAGAAUAGCGAUUCAUGCAUCCAGCCUUUAGACAGCAGACUCAUCGAGCGUGGAUAUUUCACCUCUUUGAAAACUACAGGCUCUCAGCCCUUCUGGUGCGGUAUUACCAGAUGGAAUGGAGACGAACCGAACAAUAUCAUAGCAUCCAACGAGUCGAAAACACCCCAGGCGUUUUCGAUCUGUGUGACGCUGCUGAAACAAGGGUCAUAUCAACCAAAAUUAUACCCUGUCGUGAUAUUCAACAAGAUACCCGAUGGAGAGAUCCUUCGAGUUAAUGCAUCACUUCGACUUCAAGCCUAUUACGGUAACGACUUCAGAUGUACGCAGCAACUUCAUAAAUCAGAUGACCUGAAGCUAGUUCUCAACGAGAACGGAAGUGCAUGGGAGGUCCUACUGGAUGACGCCGAUGUGGCGACAUCAUGGAAUAUUCGUAGAAGUUCAAAGGGUAUCACAAUCGAGGAGGCGAAAGUGGAAAACGAGAACAUUCUCGAAAUUCGCAAUGAGUGGGACGAACUCAAAGCACAGAUUGUGGCAUUUCAGCAGGAUAUGGAAAUUUUCCUCAAAUCGAAUUUCACAGACCUCCAAACUCGAGUUGACACAAUUGAGAAGUUGGCCAAAACGAUCGAAGGAGAAUCAAGAAGUAUCGAGCAACGAUUAGGCAAGAACGAUCAAGAGCUGAAUGUCGUACAAUCGUUAAUAACUGAAUUACGAGCGACCGUGACGGAAAUCAUGAGGAGGCUGAAUUCUCCAGGCUCGUUGUUGCCAGAUCGGGAUAAUGGAGGCGAGCUCGACUAUCUGCGCAGGAACCUUGGACGCAUCGAAGACAUGCUGCAGAACGCACAGGCGAUUCCAGAGCUACAACAUUCAGUAACGAUGCUGCGAUACAGCAUUACGCGUGCAUUCAAGGAUAUCGAAUUCAUGAAUGGUACUGUCACGACAGUCGAGGGUGAUAUGCAGCAAGCAGUCUCAGCUGCAGACCAAAGGGUUACGUGGAUGAGACACCGUGUUGAUAGCAUCAAUCGCGAGAUGCAGGAACAGGAAAGGAAGAUAUGGGACUUGGAGAAGGGAUCAGAAAGAACGAAUAGGCGACUGCAGCAUGUGGACCAGCGUGUGGGGGACUUCAUGGCGGCCAAGGGUGACGAAGAGUAAACCUAACCUGCCUUGACUUCUGUCACUCGCAAACUUUGAGUCACGGAACUGCAGGGUGCGACUCCGCAUCGUCGCAAUGCUUAAGGGUUUGGAUACGGAAGGGGGGAGGGUAGACUCAAGUGCGGUUUUUCGGCGUCGCCGAAUGUGGUAGAUUGAAUUUUGGAUAUUGCGCAACGAAGUCAAGAAAGGCGAGGGCAUGUGCCAAGAUGUGAAACCGGUGACCUAAUCGUAUGUGGGAUGGCCGGAUCAGUUGGACAGGCCAUACUUACUGUAGACAGGGAGAAACACCGUAAUGAACGGUUCAUACUAGUGGCCCCUCGCAUAGACUGAGCUUAAAGAUGUUCAAGACGAGUCAUGCAUAGUUCAGGUAUUAGUAGCGCAAGAUGCUAGUUGAUCAU